AUGAAUCUCGAAGUACCACCAACAUAUCAGACACCAAUCCAACAACUACCACCUUAUGCAACGGCUAUUCCAUCAGCACCAUAUUCGAUACCUAUACAGCAACAACCAUUUCCUGUCAAUAACAAUCAGAAUUUAUCAACAAACUAUCUAACAAGUGCAGGAGCACUGACAUCUAACAGCUAUAAAUGGCCACGUAGAUCGGUUGUGCUUGUUUGUCCACGAUGUGGUGCCACAGUAGAAACACGUGUAGAAUUAGAAAUUACAACGAUUACUUUUAUUGGUUUUGUGAUCUUAUGUUGUUUCACCUGCAUUUUAGGCUUGCUAGCAUUUUGGUUGCCAGCAUGUAAAAAAGUAACUCAUUAUUGCCCCUAUUGUAAUAGUGCUUUAGGUAUACGACAUGAAUUACGUUAA